AAAGCUUUUAUUCUAGGCAGAUACUGCAUUAAGGCACAGACAGACAGUCCACCACAUCACCGUCACCCCCACCAGGCCACCACCAACACUCACCACUAACAAAAACCCAAAACAUACAUUCCUUUCUAUCAUCACCUUUACAAUGCCUCUAUAUAUAGGGUUACCACCUUAAGCAUUCUCAGUCAAGAGAAGCAUCGAUCGGUUUCUAUAUAUUGAGUGACAAAAACAGAACCACGCUAAUUUCUUCACUAGCUACAUUGAGUUGUGAAGUUUGGAAAUGGCAAGCUCAAGAGUGAUAGGGGCUGCAUUCUUGAUCUUAUUUAUUCUAGACCUCACUUUUGCUGCUAGGUCACCCAAGGCAAUAGGUAAAGGAGGUGGUGGGGGUGGAGGAGGUGGAGGAGGGAGGGGCGGCGGUGGUGGUUCAGCAUCAGGACUUGGAUCAGGUUCUGGUCAUGGCUCAGGGUAUGGGUCUGGUGGUGGUGAGGGAUAUGGUGGUGGUCUUGGAGGAGGAUGGGGUGGGGGUGGAGGCGGAGGCGGCGGUGGAGGCGGUGGUAUGGGGUCAGGUAGUGGAUAUGGUUCUGGCUAUGGGUCUGGCAGUGGCUCAGGCUAUGGCUCCGGCAGUGGUGUAGGAGGAGGUGGAGGUGGAGGUAGUGGUGGUGGAGGAGGUGGGGGUGGAGGCACUGGGCUAGGAAGUGGGUCAGGCUAUGGAAGUGGAGGUGGAUCAGGAUAUGGAAGUGGCAAUGGUGGUGGUAAGGGUGGAGGAGGAGGAGGAGGAAGUGGUGGUGGUGGUGGUGGAGGAGCUGGAGCAUCCGGCUUUGGUUCUGGCUAUGGUAGUGGGUCAGGGUAUGGAUCAGGGUAUGGAGGGGAUAGUGAAUAUGGUUUGCCAUGAACUUGAGGUCAUUUGUAUGUUAAAUGAAUUGUAGUAGAGCAUUACCUGUAUGCAUAUUUUCAUGUACUAGUAUCAAGCAUGUUCGCUAGCGGCUGCAAGUUGCGUGCAUGUGACUUAUAGUCUGCAUGUAAUAGUACUAGAGUCAAGAACUAUAUAUAUAUAUAUAUAUAUAUAUACUCAAAUUCUAGCA